AGAGUGAAAUUGUUAUAGUAAGGAGUAAUGAAAAAUACCCUUCCUGUGUCGGAUUUCGAUUUAGCGAUCUUUCGCUCUCAAGGCAAACAUCUUACACAUGAAGGCUAAAGGGAAACUCCCGCUAGGUUGUGAUGAAGAAGUCUGAUACCUGAUGCAAUGGACACACCAAAGACACAGCUGUUAAAUAGCCCAGACACAUAUGGAACAUUUCCUGACAAUACAGACUCGAGUAAUAUCCAGACUGAGCAGGAAGUUGUUGAUCCUUAUGCAAUCCCUGCAUGUACCCCUGAAACCCAAGAUGUGCAAGUAGCAGUUGUCCAAGAUCAUAGCACCAACACCAGCAUCCCACCAACUCAGACUCAUGUGUACAAACGCCGUUGGUAUGUUCUGUUGGUAUUUUCCAUCUUGGCUGGAUGUCAGGGAUGUGCGUGGAACACCUGGGGGCCAAUUGCUGCAUCUAGUGAAGAAGCCUUUGGAUGGGAUGAUGCUGACAUAGCUUUGCUGUCAAAUUGGGGACCAAUUUCUUACCUGUUGUCUGCGGUUAUAUUUGCUUGGAUUAUAGAUGUGAAAGGUUUGCGUAUGGCAAUGGUGAUAACAGGAUUUUUCAUAACCGCUGGAACUGGCAUCAGGUGUAUAACCAGUGAACCCCCGUAUGUCAAAUGGACAGUGAAUAUAGCACAGUUUUUGAAUGGCAUAGGAGGCCCCGUUGCCAUGGGACUGCCACCGGUUCUGUCCUCCACAUGGUUUCCACCCCAUGAGAGAACAACCGCUACUGCUGUCACUUUAAUCUUCAACUACGGAUUCUUAGCUGGAUCUUUUGUCAUAGGACCCUACUUUGUAAGUGACAAACCACCUUCCAACUCCACCGAGAAUAGUGCAGGAUUUUCAGAUAUGCUAGCAUCAAAUCAUUCAGACGUUAUGGAAAGGAUUCACAGGGAAAGAAAAGAAAUUAUGUUUUUACUUUAUGUUGAGUUUGGAUUUGUAGCAUUUAUAUACUUGCUUGUACUGGUAUAUUUCCCUGCUAAACCUAAGAUACCUCCCAGUACCACUGCAUCUAUAGCCAGGAUGAAGUUUAGGACAGGGUUCAUCAAAUUGUUCAAGAAUUCUCAGUUUUGGGUCAUUUGUUUGACAUAUGGACUAUCCUUGGGCAUAUUCAAUGCCUGGCAGAGUGUCUUGGAUGUGAAUCUCAAACCACAUGGGAUAUCUGAGAAUGAAGCUGGUUGGAUAGGCUUUUACUCGACAGUGUCAGCUGCUGUAUCAUGUGUCAUUGUUGGGAGAUUUGCAGAUAUAUAUUCCAAACAUAUGCGACUCUUCCUAUUGGUGCUGUACACUGGAUCUACUCUUGCUAUGGCCUGGUUUAUACUCCUAAUUAAUGGAUACAUUCCUGAAUCUAAAGUGUCUCUGUACGUGUCGGUGAUCGUGUCGACAAUUCUGAUCACCUCAACACCUGCUCUGUACUACGAGAUGGUGUGUGAGAUUACCUUCCCAGUAGCUGAAGGCAUUACAAACUUGUGGCUUACCACGAUGAACAAUUUGGGCGGUCUGCUCUUCCUCUUUGUACAAAUGAUUCCAAAUAUCGGUACGGUCUGGGAGAACUGGUGUGUUAUCGGUGCUAUGGUGGCCUGCAUACCAGUACUAUGUACAUUUAAGGAACACUAUUACCGGCUAGAAGUAGACGAGAGGAGCGAAAAUCAAACAUGAAGCAAUUAUUGUGUCGACUGUGAUAUUAUUAAUAAUAUUUUACAAUUAUGGCACUUUGUUAAGAUCAAUAUGAUGAUUUUUAAUGCGAAUAUACUCAAUAUUUGCCGAGGUCUUUAACAUGAACACGCAAUACAAUGUACAUAUAUUACCGGUAUAUCAUUUUAUUAGCUCACCUGGUCCAAAGAACCAAGAUGUGCUUAGGCCAUACUGAAGCAUCCGUCAUACGUACAUACGUCGUCAACAGUUUUUAUCUUGCCAAUCAAAGAGAAGAUGAUCUUAUUUUGUCACGUCAGCUUUGGCGUUAGGUUUCUGAAUGGCUCAAGUGUUUAGUAAACUCAUUUUUAAGUGUACUAGGGUUCUCUAAUUUGGUUUGAUGGUUGAUGUGGUGGUUAGUUAUUAUUCCUGGAGUGGGAAUGCUUGAACUAGAGUUCAAAUAUUUUGGUUCAGAGUUGCUGUUGGGGUUAACUUCCUGGAGUCAGAAUGAAUAUAUUUUUUAGGAAAAACACUUUGUUUAAGCUUUGAUUUUGUAUGCCAAUUUGAUGUUCACUUUUGAAAUGAUAAACCUCUUUAUAAUUGAAAAGGUACUCUUAUUUGGUUUGAGGGUUGUUGUGAGGGCUAACUUUUAUUUCCCGGAGCCACACGUUUUUAUAAAGAUAUUUUUAAUGCUUACUAUAAUGCAAAUCUUAUGUAUACUUUGUCAAUUUUAACUUAAGAUAUUUUAAUAUUUUUUUUUAAAUAUCAGUGUAUUGCAAUAUAGAUUCCAAUUGAUGAAUUCAUACUCUAAUAUUAGUGUGAAAUAUAGUGAUAUAUACAAUGUGAGGCAAACUUUGUAACGAUGACGGUUUCAACGACUUUAUUUUACUAGGUGAUGGGAUUCAAAAUUGAGCAAAUGGUGGGGCUGACCCACAGUGAACAGAGGGAUGGAAUAAAAGGGACACUUUUGCUAAAUUGUUAUAAAAUACUACAGCUAGAACUAACUUAUAUUGUCUCAUAUUCGACUGGUACAUAUCAACCCUAGGUGGCAGGGAUUAGAAAUUAAACAGAUGGAGGGCUGCAGCUCAGUGAGGCCGGGGGUGGGGCAAAAUGGUGUUGUUGGUUAGGACUGAAGCAUCCUUUGAUGAGGGAAACCAGUUUUUCAGGAACAGUUGGUCUGGAGCUUGAGGGGAUAGGGCCCAAUUGAAGAAAUAUUGCUUUCUCCCUUAUUUUUUAGCUUUCGUGCCAGGUGAGUUUACAGCAUACCGCACUGCCCGUUGGCCGUCGUAGUCCGUCCUUCAUCUAUUGUCUGUCAACGUUUUAAAUUUUAAUCCUCUUCAAACUACUAAACCAUUUUCCUACCAAGCUUCAUGAAAUAUUACCAGGACAAGGUUAUCUGAAGUUAGAAAAUCAUGGGACUGCACCUCCAGGGGCUAGAGAGGUAGGGCAAAAUAGGUAAAUAAUGGGGUCAUCUCCUCCACUCCUACAAAUGUACAAGUAACAGACAAUAAUGCACAUCUAACUGUUAUCAUCAACUAGUGCUUUUAAAUUUAUGAAAUGUACGGCGUCUCUUCAAUAUUAUUAGGCCAACUUUGACCAAUUUCGGCAUGGAACAUCACUAACCAAAUUGGAAUGAAUUCUAUCUUAAUUCAGUUGUAUUUUUCUCCCACCUUUGGAUGAAUUUUGAGAAUCAGGAAUAUUGUCUAAUUUUAUACUUGUUUUACAAUUUAUCAAUAUUUACGUAUUUCUAUAAUGCAUAUAGGAUGAUUUGGAUCCCUACCAUUAUGCGGAGGUUUUUGGUUGAUUUUU